CCCUCUUCAUUAUUUUCCUUCCUCUUUCUCAUUUACACCCAUCCAAUCUCUGUCUCUCUCUUCUUUCUUCUUUCUUUCCCUUGUUCCCCUAGCUAGCUUGUCCAUUUCUCUGCAGCCUCGUUUCGAUCUUGUGCUUCUUCUCCCAUAUAUCUUGGUCUUCUUCUUUAGGGGUCAAUCAUCACAGCCAUGGUUUCUGCAGAUGCUGCUCGGACUGUGGUCGGUAUCAUAGGAAACAUCAUCUCAUUCUUCCUGUUCUUGGCGCCAGUUCCAACUUUUGUUCGAAUAUGGAAGAAAGGGUCAGUGGAGCAAUACUCAUCACUCCCAUACCUUGCAACCCUGAUCAACUGCAUGGUGUGGACCUUAUAUGGGUUACCGAUUGUGCACCCGGAUAGCACUCUGGUCUGGACCAUAAACGGGUGGGGUACGAUCAUUGAGGUCGUCUACAUCAUCCUCUUCCUCAUUUUUUCCGACAAGAAAAAGAGGCUCAUAGUGGUUCUGGUUGUUGCCGUGGAGAUCAUUUUCAUCGGUGUUCUUACUCUUCUGGUUCUCACUUUGGCUCACACACAUACCAAGAGGUCCUUGAUUGUAGGCAUCAUAUCCAUUGCCUGCAGCAUCAUGAUGUAUGCUGCUCCUUUGACUGUCAUGAAAAUGGUGACCACAACAAAAAGUGUGGAGUACAUGCCGUUUUUCCUCUCGUUUGCUUCGUUUGCGAAUGGCCUUGCCUGGACUGCAUAUGCUCUCAUCCGUUUUGACCUCUUCAUCACAAUUCCUAAUGGACUGGGCACCGUUUUUGGAUUAGCUCAGCUGAUUCUGUAUGCCACAUACUACAAGUCGACACAGCGACAGAUAGCAGAAAGGAAAGGCAGGGAGGUGAACUUGUCGGCGGUAACCAUAGACCAUAACCCCAAAAAGAUUUCCGGCCGACGCAGUACUACUCAGAAUGGCCACGCAUAACUUGACGAACUCCUGCGUCCAAUGCAGUGGACAUGCCGAGAAAACAAUGGAAGUUAUAGUUUAAGAUUUUUUUUUUUACGUACUACACUAAGUAGUGAAAAAAACGCUCCACUUUUCCCGGAACAACUAUUCCGAAACCUAAGGUUUCUAGGCUUCGUGAGGCACGACGGCGACAGUAUAUCUGACUGCUCAAGGACGUCUCGGCGCCGAUUAACUCAGGCAAUCAAGCACAGACGAAGGCGCGGUGGUGUCUGCAAUCGGUGUAGAUAGCUCCAAUUGGGGUUUGUGACUUUGAGGAAGCGGAACCUUGUUUCUGUGGCUGACAGCGUGUGCGGCAACGAAGACUAGAACCAC